CCCCCCUCCCCAAUUGCAACGCAGUCCGUCUUUUUCUAUGUCCAGUCUCCCCAACUCCAAAAUAUAAUAAUAUCUUUACAUCUAAUUAUUUUUCGUUCUUAAGUUUUGGAAUUAGUUCACGCCGGCGAUGGGGAAUUGCUGCUCCGACGGUGCUGCCGGUCAUUCGGCGGUCGGAGGAACCACUUCCACUUCGGCUGGGAACGACGCCGUCGAUGCCUUCCUCAGGUCUCGCGGCUAUAGUGGACUGUUCUCUCAGAUCGAGCUGUCUCUAGCUGCAGCAAACUUGCGUGAUCGAGAUGUGCUCUGCAAGAGUGAUCCUAUGGCUGUUCUUUACAUCAAAGGAAGUGAUGGUUUGCUUCAAGAGCUUGAUCGCACUGAAGUCGUCUUAAACUCAUUGAACCCCAAGUGGAUUAGAAAAUAUAUUGUUACUUACCAAUUUGAGAUGGUGCAGAAUUUGGUGUUCCGCAUCUAUGAUGUUGACACUGAGUUCCACAAUAUGGAUGUUAAGGCACUUAAGCUGGAGGAACAGCAGUUUCUUGGUGAGGCUACUUGUACACUAUCUCAGAUAGUCACAAAAUCAAGCCGGACAUUAACCUUAGAUCUUGGACAUGGAGACAGUUCUUUCCCAACCCAUAGUCAAAAAUUUGGUCAGCUUACAGUUUAUGCUGAAGAAAGUGUAGCAUCAAAGACCACAGCGGAGUUGAUAUUGAGAUGUGCAGACCUGGAGGCGAGGGACUUGUUCUCAAAAAGUGAUCCUUUUCUGGUAAUAUCAAAAAUCACCGAGAAUGGCCUGUUAGUUCCAGUUUCCAAAACUGAAGUCCUGAAAAAUGAUCACAAUCCCAGAUGGAAACAAAUUUUCUUGAGUGUUCAGCAAGUAGGAAGCAAGGUGCUGGACAGCCCACUGAUAAUCGAGUGUUUUAACUUCAAUAGCAAUGGAAAACAUGAUUUAUUGGGUAAAGUUCAGAAAUCACUGGCAGGGUUAGAGAAACUUCAUUCUGUUGCAACAGGAGAGAGUUUGUUUAUCCCAGUUUCAGUUGGGCAAAGUCACCAAAACAAGGUCUUGAAGAGUCAGUUGUUCGUCGACAAAUACUUAGAGAACACCCAACAUUCAUUCCUUGAUUACUUGGCUGGAGGCUAUGAGCUGAAUUUCAUGGUUGCUAUUGAUUUCACUGCUUCAAAUGGUAAUCCCCGGCUGCCUGACUCGUUGCAUUAUAUUGAUCCAUCAGGACGGCUAAAUGCAUAUCAGAGAGCCAUUUUAGAGGUUGGAGGCGUGUUGCAGUUCUAUGAUUCUGACAAGAAAUUUCCGGCUUGGGGCUUUGGAGCACGGCCAAUUGAUGGUCCGGUUGAAGGGAUUCAUGGAAUUAUGACGGCAUAUACGAGUGCCCUGUUUAAUGUCUCAUUAGCUGGACCAACAUUAUUCGGACAUGUAGUCACCAACGCUGCACAGAUAGCUAGUGCAUCUGUGGCAAGAAAUGAAAGGAAAUAUUUUGUUUUGUUGAUUAUCACGGAUGGAGUGAUAACAGACCUCCAGGAAACAAAGGAUGCCUUUGUUAUGGCAUCCGAUCUUCCAUUGUCUAUACUCAUUGUUGGGGUUGGAGGAGCCGACUUUAAAGAAAUGGAGAUAUUAGACGCGGAUAAAGAGAGACUUGAAAGUUCAACCGGACGGAUUGCUUCACGAGAUAUAGUCCAGUUUGUCCCUUUCCGUGAUGUACAAAGUAAGUCCCUUACUCAUAAAUUCCAGAAGCUUAACUGUGGAGAAAUCUCUGUCGUUCAAUCAUUGCUGGCAGAAUUACCUUCCCAGUUUUUGACGUAUGUGCGAGCAAGAGGUAUUGGCCCAAAAGCAUAAUCAAUAUAAAGGUGUACAUACAUAAAACACCGAAUACCAUUCAUCCAUGUCAAAAAACCUUCCCGUUUGAGGUCUUUUUUCAUAUCAACAUUCUUAAUUUUUUCGUGGUUCAUUAUAAUUUGAAAUGGCUUAAAGAACCCAUUCUUGUUGAGUAAGAGUAACACGAUUUUUUCUGUUUGUUCGUUUGUUUUUAUUUUUAUUUUUUUUAAAACAAGUUGCAUUGAUUUUCUGAUAAUCUUGACACUUUAUUCAGUGUAUUUAGCCAGUGUCGAGUUUCUGAUAUGUUGUUGUGACUCAUUUUGGUCAGAGAUCCCAAGCGAGUAUUCAUUGUUUUUUCCAACUAUUGUAAGCAUAUUUUUUAAACUCAGCCCAAGAAUCAACUUGGGAAGGUCUUCGGACUGGUUCACUGCCGAGUCAUAACAUCAAUUGCUGAAUCAGAUAAUUAACUUUAAAAUUUAAAAUUAUAUAUAAAGAAUUUUUAUCAUAUACAUAUCAUAAAAGUAACAGCAAUAAAUGUUUUUUGUAUAUAAAUUUUG